CGAUGAUAGCGGGGCUUUCACGAGGGAUCUGGAGCUUCAGGAGGGUUCAAGAAAUGGUUCAAUUGACUUGGAAACAACAUCUUUGACUGCUCAGACAGCUCCUGAACAUCUUAUAUUCGAUUCCUUAUAACCUUUGCAAUCCUUGGAGUCCCUUCUGGAAUUCUUGAGAUAAUAAUACCAAAAGAAAAUCUUGAAUUCCUCGGCCAAAUCUCGAGGCGUGGCCGGCUCGGCGUAGGAGCAGGCAUUUGCCACCAGAUCAAUCAAAACAUAUAUAAAGCUUGCCGUCGAACAUUCUGACCCUAGAAAAUCCAAAGGGUCCUUCACUCCAUCAUAUCAUUUCUGUUUUUCGUCAUCUUGAUUCAUAAUUGCAGCCUGAUGCUGCGAAGAUGAACACGGCGACGGUCACAGGGAUUGAGACCGCGGCUGAGCUCGUGGCUCGAAGGCCGAAAGCUUCUGGGACCAAGGCCAAUGGCAAGGCCGACGCGACUGGUCAAUUGAGAAAGUCCUUGCAGAGGAAGUAUCGUCAUGUCGCUGCUGUCCACUCUGAAUCAAGGCCUUCAUGUCUCAGCCAUGACGCCGUCGCAACUCCCAGUUUCCUCGGCUUUCGAAAUCUCAUGGUUAUCGUGCUGAUUGUUGGAAACCUGCGCCUCGUCAUUGAGAACAUCCAAAAGUACGGCGUAUUGAUAUGUAUCCGGUGCCAUGAUUUCCGGAAGCACGACGUCUUACUCGGGCUGGGCCUCUAUUUCCUGAUUCCAUGCCAUCUCUUGGCUGCGUACCUCAUCGAGCUUGCCGCCGCGCAGCAAGCCAUGUCCUCUCGCCGGAGGGGCGAGAAGCGCGAUGGCACGACAAGCCCGACAGAGGAGGAUAGUCGACAGUUCCACUCCAGCUGGACACUCAUCAGGGCGGCCCACGCCGUGAACAUUACGCUCGCCCUGGUCCUCACCACAUACGUCGUCUACUUCCACAUUCACCAUCCCCUAAUCGGAACCCUGGCCGAAGUCCAUUCUCUUGUCGUGUGGCUCAAGACAGCUUCAUACGCGUUUACUAAUCGCGACCUGCGCCACGCAUAUCUCCACCCUGUCAAGGGAGAGCUCGACUCGAUACCCGAGAUCUACUCGAAGUGCCCUUACCCGAAAAAUAUCACCAUGGGCAACCUGGUCUACUUCUGGUGGGCUCCCACAUUGGUGUACCAGCCCGUCUAUCCCCGAACGGACACGAUCCGAUGGACCUUUGUCUUCAAGCGUCUGGGAGAGGUGGUCUGCCUCAGCGCCUUCAUCUGGUUCGCAAGCGCGCAGUACGCUGCCCCAGUCCUCCGCAACUCGCUCGACAAGAUGGCCUCGCUUGAUUUCGUUUCCAUCCUCGAGCGUCUGCUGAAGCUCUCGACGAUCUCGCUCAUCAUCUGGUUGGCCGGUUUCUUCGCGCUGUUCCAGUCCUUCCUCAACGCCCUAGCCGAGGUGACGCGUUUUGCCGACCGGUCCUUCUACGACGACUGGUGGAACAGCGAGAGCCUGGGGACUUACUGGCGGACCUGGAACCGGCCGGUUUAUCAGUUCUUCAGGAGACAUGUCUACUCCCCGAUGGUUGGCCGGGGGUGGAGUCCUGGUGUUGCCGGAUUUGUGGUCUUUUUCAUGUCUGCUGUGUUGCACGAGGUGUUAGUAGGUGUUCCUACUCACAACAUCAUUGGUGUGGCCUUUUUCGGCAUGUUCUUGCAGUUUCCGCUCAUUGUACUCACUAGGCCUCUCGAGAAGAUGCAGAGUCCCACGGGCAGGCUGAUCGGAAACACCAUCUUCUGGGUGUCCUUCACGAUCCUUGGGCAGCCCUUUGCGGCUCUGAUGUACUUCUAUGCCUGGCAGGGCAAAUACGGGAGCGUGAGCAAGCAGUUGCCGCUGAGUCCCCCGGGCGUGUGCCCAAAACCAUAGAUAGUUAGAUAGGGUGGCAAUCUCGGGAGUUUUGGGUUACUGGUCCUUAGGUGGAUACUUGGAUAUGGAUCUGGGGAUAUAACGAGGGUGAUCGGUAUCGAAUAGACAUGGGGAAUCGCAAGUGGUGCGGGAUGGGAUAACGAUAUCUUCUCAUUUAAUAACCCUCGUCGCUAGUAAUCAAGGGGCUUAUCCUAUUGGGAUAAACCACCGAGAACUACGGUAUCUGGCAUAUAGGCCUCCAAAAGCAAGGGCAAAACCCCUUACCUCCUCCUCG